AUGCUUCGAACAACAAACAAGAGAAAGAAAAAAGUUUUUGUGGAUUACUCGAAACGAAAAAAGCAACGAUAUUUUCUCAUAGAAUUUAUUCCUCUUUCAUCUUAUCAUGAUCCGAAUAGUCUCGCAAAAAAGAUACAAAAUCAUGAAUUUGAAAAAUCAUUUAUUCCGAGUACAAUUACUUCCGAUCUUUUUCUUAAACAGCUUCAACAAAUUAUUGAAGAAUGGUUUGGAUUAUACAGCUUGGCUCACUCUAUGUUUUCAAGAUUUUACCAAAAAUUUAUUUACUUUAAUGAAAAGACAGGAUUAGCAAUUUUAGCUUGUCCUUGGAAAUUGGCUCCUAUUAUGUCCACCGCUCUUUCUUUGAUUAAAGUUCCCACAAACAAAGAGAUUUUUAUUGUGAGAACGAUAUUUACCUCUGGAUCUAUUAAGAAAUGUAAGAGAGGAGCUGCACAAUAUCAAAUGAAAUGGAUCAAUGAAAAAGGGGCUCUUGUAAAUAAUAUUGAACCAAUAGAUGCAAACGUCACACUUUUGUCUUUCAAUGAACAACCAACUAAUGAUGCUGACGAUGAGAAUGCAAUGAAUAUUUCAGAGUCUUCAACUAGAGAUGAAUAUGAGGAGCCUCAAACGGAUCGAUUUAUCACACUGUCUACAGGAGAGACAAUCACCAAUUUUAUUCAAUUGUAUCUCAAGACAAAAUAA